AUUUACUAACCAUGCCAUGGUUCGUCUCCAAGUGGUGGAAGCCGGAGUAGCAGAAUGAGGACGACGCGGCCGAAGCAUAUCUUCAAAGCCCAGGCUCCAGAAGAAGAUGAACUACAAGGAGACCACACUUGCUCAUUGGAAGCUCAAGACGAAGAAGCGUCGUUCAUGGCGCAGAGGUUCCUUCUCUCAAUAUGGAGAAGUUCGAGACGGACGAAAUGGGGCGCCUUCAGGCAUGAGAAUCAAGUAUCAGAAGCAAGGGCUCUCUCAGAGAUUAUUGACAUACUAACACAA